UAUAAGGCAUUCUAUGUUUGACUAAAUUUCUUGAACAUUUUAUAGUUUUAAUUCUAGAUAUGAGUUCUAAAAGUAUAGCUGCGGUAGUAGCUGGUGUGUGCGGCACAAUAUUUCUUGGAUAUUGUAUUUACUUUGAUCGUAAAAGGCGUUCAGACCCACUUUACAAGCAGAAGAUAUUGGAAAGAAGACGAAAAGCUAAAGAAGCAAAGCAGACUGAAAAUCUUCACGAUUUGAAGAGCAGAAUACCAAACACUUCAGAUCCAGCUGCUAUACAGAAGUUCUUUUUAGAGGAAGUGCAGYUGGGUGAAGAUGCUUUGACACAAGGUGAUUAUGAGAGUACAGUUAAACAUUUGACAAAUGCUAUUACUGUUUGUGGACAACCUCAACAACUCCUACAGUUAUUCCAAACAACCCUUCCUGAACAUGUAUUCAAAAUGCUACUGGAUAACAUCCAAGGCAUGAAAAAGAAAACAGAGGAGGGAGAGUCAUUGGAUUAAACUACGACUUAUGCCAAUGCCAUGGUGCUGGUUCCAUCACUUCACAUUAGUACUUUUAAUGAAACUGAAAGAUAGUACAUCUAUCCAAUUUUAAUGUCUGAUAUUUUAUGUUUUGUUCAAAGAGCACUAGUUUAUUAAUAUCAUGAUUGGUAUUCGUGUGUUUUACUGCAAACCAUGAUCGUGAUAGGCUGAAGUCUUGUUGUUGGUAUUUUAGUCUAGUUCUAUAGUGUUUAAUUUUGUGUCAGUCUAUUGGCUAAAGUAUUUUGCUUCAUAGUGAACAUUCUUUAUUAUAGUUGUUUAUAUAUCAGUAUUAUUAUAGUAUUAUUAUGUUUAUAUUCAGCAAUCUGAUGUGCAUCUAGAUUGUAGAAGGCUCUYAUCUACACAGAAAAGCUUGGUUAAUUGUGUAUACAAUAUUAUGUACAAACAGUUAUUUUUGAAUGUCAUUAUAAAAAUAAUUCAUGUUAAUUGUGUUAAUCCCAUUGCUUAAUCAUUAGGAAAAAUAGUUUGAAUCUUGAUGCUCACCUCAGUUUAUUUCUUUAGUUCUUUGUUCUUCACAUAAUAUGUACACAAGAGCCUUCAGUGUAUUUGUGGAUUGUAUAACAAUGCAUAGAUCCCUUAGCCUCCGUAGCAGAUGUUCCAAUAAUCGAACCGCUUUGAAUGUCUGCUACGGAGGCUAUAGAUCCCUUGCAUGCGACGUCAAAGCAGCUUCAUCUUGAGCACAAAACAAAAGCUUUUUGGGAACUAGAAUUUAUUGUUUUGUCCUCCAGUUGGAGUUGCAUUACUAACUGCAAGGGGUCUAUAUUGAAGUUGUAUGACAGACCCUUCUCAAAAUAUCAGUGCACAAAGGUGCUAAAUUUUUCAGUAGAGCGCAGGCACCUCAAAAAGAAAGUGAUUGUAUAAGCUUGUGAUUAGUGUUAUUUUUAAAAAGUUGUUUUGGAGUUCCUUUUCUACUUAUCAAGAUAAUGGGAAAUAAAYGUUUUGAAAUUAUAAGAGUGGCUUCCAUCUACUGAAAUCUGAAAAAAAAUUUUUUUGAACAGCAUACGCUAGCUUUUUAAAAAAUUCAAUGAAUACUUUACAUGGCAGUUAAUGUUAAGGUUAUAAAAAAUGUUAUGMCCUUUUUGUGUUCUCAAAAUGACCAAUAAAAUAUGACUAACUCA